AUGCAGAUUUUGAAGAUGGAAGAAAGAAAUAUGGGUGGUCUUGAGAAGUUGGGAAAAGUGGACAUGCAGCAGGAUGUUCAACUCCCAAAGCAGCAGCCAAUGGUAUAUAUCUGUGGAGACUGUCACACAGAGAAUAAAAUAAAAUCCCAGGAUCAAAUCAGAUGCAGAGAAUGUGAAUACAGAAUAAUGUACAAGAAAAGGACUAAAAGGUUGGUGGCUUUUGAUGCUUAAUAAAAAAGAAUUCAGAAAAAUAUCUUUAUUUGCAUUUGGAUUUGCUGUUAAUGUUGUAUAGGUUUUGAUGAGUACACUUAUCUUUAGAAUUCAACUAAAUACACUUGAUUUGAUUUUUAAAACCAUAUUAUAUUUAGGUAUCUAUUAUAAAGAUUUAAGUUGUUCAGUU